CUAUGUUCUCACCAGCACUACUUUCACGGAACAAGCGGCACAACCGGUUCAAGGGAAACGGCACUCUCUUCGCAGGUAGGACGGAUACAAUCGAGGACGUAGAGACUGGCCUGCAGCGAUGAUCGGUCGUUGUCAGUUUCACUGUAAGAAGAAAAGGCCGAGGCGCAGACAGAAGCAGGAGUGGGCGAACCCUCGCCUUCGGGGAGGGAAACGCUGGCUGACCACCACUUCCCAACUCAGCCCUGGCCACAACCCGCUCCCUAUAUCCAACCCUGCAGAGAUCAAGACCCCCUACCUAAGCUGUAUAUACACGUCACAUGCAGUGAUAGCUAUCCCGAAUAUGUCCAGAGACAGCGGGUUGCGAUCGAAAACCCGCGUGAUCGGUCGGUUGGGCGGAGGGCCGGAACGUCAAGGCGAACUGCAAGCGCAGGGGGGAUGUGUGGAGGUGGGUGAAUUUGCGGUCGCGGAACUAAGGAAGAGGGGUCAAAGACAUGGUGCACAGAGUCAAGAAACGACUUCUUGAGUCGAUCGAGGUACUGCGAUUUAGCGAUACUAGCGAGUUUAGGAUACUUCGGAGGAGAGAGCGCGGUUGGAGAGGGAGGAGGUGGAGGGGAGGGUUUAGAAAUGUUAAGCAGCAGUUUGGCAGAGCAAAGCAAAGCAAAGCAAAGAAG